AUUCUGGAUAUGAAGAAAACUCUGUUAGGGAGCGCUUUGCUCUGAGACUUACGUGGUGCGAAUCCAAAUUAAUCGAGUUUCAAUAUUGGAUACUCGAUAAAAAAAGAAAAGAAAAGAAAAUAGUACACCAUAUAAGGAAAAAAAAAGAAAAGGAAAGAAAAAAGAAACCUAUCCAUGGAGGUCUUCAAGAACUUCCCAUAAAUCCCAUUAAAGAAAGCAUUUUUAUAUUCUUGAUUGAGCAUAUAGAUACACAUGUGGUAUGUUUGUAUCUAUAACUCUUGCUUCUAAGAAACCCCACAACAAUUAAACUAAAGAUUUUCAAUUAUUAUUAUUAUUAUUAUUUUGCUAUCAUCACUUCCAUUUCUUUGUUCCAAUCCAUUCAAGAAGAAGAAGAAGAAGGUUAAUCUGUCCUUUUCACUCCAUUUAUUCAAAUACCAAUUAUCAAGAACUCUUUAAAAUGGCUUGUAUUACACCUUUAUCUCAAUCCCAACCCCUUUAUGAGAAUACCCCAUUUACAGUUUUGAAAAAGUCUAAGAAUCAAGUUUGUGCAAUACCCUUUUCAAGAAUCACUCAAAGUUCAAAUCUUUGUGAAUUUGGAGUUGUGAAAAAGCCUAAAAAUCAAGUUUGUGAGAUACCCUUUUCAAGAAUCACUCAAAGUUCAAGUCUUUGUCAGUUUGGAGUAUUGAAAAAGCCUAAGAAUCAAGUUUGUGCAAUACCCUUUUCAAGAAUCACUCAAAGUUCAAAUCUUUGUGAAUUUGGAGUUGUGAAAAAGCCUAAAAAUCAGUUUUUGGAAAUACCCUUUUCAAGAAUAACUCAAAGUUCAAAUCUUUGUGUGAAAAAAUCAAGGAUGGUGUUGGUUUCAGCAACAACUACUGCUGAGAAAUCAAGUAAGAGGUAUCCUGGUGAAGCUAAGGGGUUUGUGGAGGAAAUGAGGUUUGUGGCUAUGAAAUUGCAUACUAAGGAUCAAGCUAAGGAAGGGGAAAAAGAGGUUGAAGGUCAGCCUUUGGCUAAAUGGGAACCUACUGUUGAAGGGUAUUUGAAGUUCUUGGUGGACAGCAAAUUGGUUUAUGAUACUUUGGAAAAGAUUGUGGAAAAAGCUCCUUUUCCUGAAUAUGCUGAGUUCAGGAACACGGGAUUAGAAAGGUCUGCGGUCUUAGCAAAGGAUUUGGAAUGGUUUAGGCAGCAAGGUCAUGCCAUCCCGGAACCGUCUACUCCUGGUGUCAGCUAUGCUCAUUACUUAGAGGAGCUAUCGGAAAAGGAUCCUCAAGCAUUUAUUUGCCAUUUUUACAACACCUACUUUGCACAUUCAGCCGGAGGUCGCAUGAUAGGGAGAAAGGUAGCUGAAAAGAUACUCGACAAGAAAGAGCUGGAAUUCUACAAAUGGGACGGCGACCUUUCUCAGCUGCUGCAGAAUGUUAGAGAUAAGCUGAACAAAGUUGCAGAAAACUGGACUAGAGAGGAGAAGAACCAUUGUCUGGAAGAGACGGAGAAGUCAUUCAAGUUCUCCGGGGCCAUCCUCCGAUUGAUAUUCUCUUGAUGCACAACUUUUUACGCUCUGUUUCCUUGUUAACUUGUACAUUGUAUGGUCAAAACCUGCAAAUUUCUGUGAAUAGUCGUGUUUCUUUUCGCGUUUAAUUCUGUCUAUGGUGUACAAGAACUUGAUUAUAAUUCAAGUGUUACAUCAUUACUCAA